AUGGCAGGCUUCGUAACAGAUCUCUGGGAAUCAAUCUUCACUCCCGGAACGACUCCAACUCUCCUCGUCGCUACCAACGCUACAUUCGCUUGUUUGCAGCUCGUACUUCUUCUCUUAUUAGUCGGAACAUAUAGUAUUCACUUCGUUAUACUCUCAUUCCUGUGCGGGGGGCUUUGGUGGGCUAUCAACUGGUUCGCAGCCGAGUUGAGAGUAGCACAAGCCAAGGAGGCCCGGGACAAGGCACGUUCCGAACAAAGAGCAGUUGCACAAUCCUCGGACGAAAGCGAAGAAACCGAAGUAGAAUCCGCUUUCAUCGCAAAGGGAAAACCUACCACAGGAAGCAAAGAAGUGGAAAUUAUAGAAAAAGCGGGAGACCUGAAGCUUCGAACGGAACUUUCGUCCGGAACAAAAUCUAGUGUUAGUACGGAGGAUGAAUGGGAAAAGGUAUCCGAAAAUGAGAACGAGAAGGACAAAUAA